AUGAGCACCUGGGCCUUCCCCUCCACCCUUUUCCUGCUCUGCUUGACUUCUGAAAGCGUGCAAGGGCUACCUCCAUUGUCUCCUGGCCUGGGGAAAGGCUACGGCCCCCCCAGUGGUCUAGGAGCAGGAUUCGACACUGGGUGUGGGCUGGGAGCCCAGCCAGGCAUUGGAGGGGUGUCUCCCCAGGGUUUAGGAACAGGAAUGGGCUGGGAGUCGGGGCCUUCCCAGGUGCUGCCACCCAGCCAGGAUAUGGAAAUGGGCUGGGAGCUGGUGCCUUCCCAGGGCCGGGAGCCCAGGCAGGCCCUGCAGCUUAGAACGGCCAGGGACCAGGUAGGGGAGGGGUGGGGGGAGCUGGCGGACUCAGCAGUGGGAAUGGGCUGGGAGCUGAGGCCUUCCCAGGAGUUGGAGCCCAGCCAGGACAGGGCAUUGGCCAUGGCCUGGGGGCCCAGCCAGUGCCUGCCUGAGUCUGGCCUUGGCUGCACACUGCAGACCGAGCCGGUCAACCCUGACCUGGCUGCAGACCCGCUGGGCCCAGUGCCUAAGCCGGGACCCCCAGGGUUUGGGACCGGGAAUGGAGCCCAGCUGGGCCUCGGAGGACUGAAACCUCAGAAGCCAGGCCCUGCAGCUCAAAAUGGCUAUGGAGCAGGCUUCGGAGCCAGUGUGAGACCCCAGAAGCCAGGAUUUGGGAAUAGCAACGGACUGGGAGCCCAGCCAGGGUCUGCGGUUCUCAUCGGCUACGGACCAGGCAUUGCUGAGGCCAUGAAGCCUCAGAAGCCAGGUCUGGGAGGAGGUUUGAAACCUCAGAAGCCAGGAUAUGGCAAUGGCAAUGGGCUGGGGGCCCAGCCAGGUCCCUGCAGUGGUGGGGUCCCUCCACGGCUUCUUGCCAGGCCUCCCACUCCAGGGAUCUCUUCUGAUAAAGCAGGUGGCUGGGGCCUGAAAUCCCAGCCCCCUCCCCCAGUGCAGAACGGCAAGUUCCCAGGGUACCAGCCUCCGAAUGGCUACAGACCAGGAGCAGAACUGGGCUUUGGUGGUGGCCUCAAGCCCCAGAAAGUCGCAAUUAUGUACUAUGCGCUGGACCACAGUGGUGGCCAGAGCCGGUGGGAUCCUGUCUCAGGUUUUGGUUACAGGAAUGGUGGUCUGGGAGCCGGGGUCUUCCCUGAGGCCCGUGCACAGCCAGGGUUCCCUGGGGCUGAUGGCUUUCGGAAUGGGUAUGAGGGGGCAGCAGUUGUGCGCCCCAAUGUGGCUGCUCCAGCCCCUGGAGGAAAUGGUAAGAAACGUUGGGGGAGCAGAGGGAACCCUAGCAAGGGUGGCGGGGACCAGGCCGAGUGGGCCGGUGCCCCGAGGGGCUCUCCCUGGCCCUCCCUCCAGCCCUGGGGGGCCAACUUGAGGCCUAGAUAUGGGGCCGGAGGUGCAUAUCCAGAGGUCCGGAGCCAGCCAGGGGGCCCUGAGGUGAAGCGAGGCAGCAAUGGCCUGAUGGGAAAUGGUCAUGGAAGCCGCUGCCCUCUUGGGAAAUGCUGA